CCCCGCCCGGCGCCGCUGCCCCAGCCGCGGGCGGUGAACUUCUCGGAUGCGCGGGAGGCGUUCCGGAGCAAGACCAGCGGCGAGCUCCUGCGCGGGCUGCUGGUGCUCCGCCUCUGCUCCCUGGAGCCGCUGGUGCAGCGCGCCGAGCAGCUGAUGCACGUCAGCCAGAAGCUGUUGGGUCAGUGGCUCUUUGAGAAGCUGAUGAAGCUGACCUUCUAUGGGCAGUUUGUGGCUGGAGAGGACCAGGAAGCCAUCAAGCCACUCAUUCAGCGCUACCGUGCCUACGGCGUGGGCUCUGUGCUGGACUACAGUGUGGAGGAGGACCUGACCAGUGAGGAGGCCAAGAAGAAGGAACUAGACUCCUGUGUCUCUGCGUUUGAGAAGCAGACAGGCCAGCGGAGAGAGAAGCGGUACAGUGUCCAUCACAAGUUUGGAGACCGCCGGGAUGGCGUCAUCGGCGCCCGAACCUACUUCUACGCUGAUGAAGCCAAAUGCGACCGGCAUAUGGAGACGUUCCUGAAAUGUAUUGAGGCCUCAGGAGGCAGCUCAGAAGACGGUUUCUCCGCCAUUAAACUCACAGCGCUGGGGAGGCCGCAGUUCCUGCUGCAGUUCUCAGAGAUGCUGGUGAAAUGGAGAAGCUUCUUCCACCAACUGGCUGCUGAACAGGGCAAGGUGGGCUUGGCAGCUCUGGAAACCAAGCUGGAGGUAGAGAAGUUGCAGGAGGCCCUGGCCAACCUGGGGAUUGCCACCAAAGCUGAAAGCCAGCACUGGUUCGCAGGCGAGAAGUUGGGCCUGACGGGAACGGUGGACUUGCUGGACUGGAAUAGUUUGAUCGAUGCCCGGAUGGAGAUCUCCAAACUCCUCCUCGUUCCAAACCUGAAGACAGGCCAGCUCGAGCCCCUCCUUUCCAGCUUCACCCAGGAAGAGGAGAUGCAGAUGAAGCGCAUGCUACAGCGCAUGGACAUCUUGGCCAAGAAAGCGGUAGGGACGGGCGUGAGGUUGAUGGUAGAUGCAGAACAGACCUACUUCCAGCCAGCCAUCAGCCGCCUUACCCUGGAGAUGCAGCGCCGAUUCAACCAGGAGAAGCCGGCCAUCUUCAACACGUACCAGUGCUACCUGAAGGAUGCCUACGACAAUGUGACCAUCGAUGUGGAGCUCUCACGCCGGGAAGGGUGGCAUUUUGGAGCCAAGCUAGUGAGAGGCGCAUACAUGGAGCAGGAGCGAAGUCGGGCAGCUGAGGUGGGCUACGAGGACCCCAUCAACCCAACCUAUGAGAAGACCAGCGAGAUGUACCACAGAUGCCUGGACUACAUCUUGGAGGAGAUCCGGCACAGCCAGAAGGCCAACGUGAUGGUUGCUUCUCACAACAAGGACACGGUGAAGUUCACCCUUGGCAGGAUGGCAGAUCUUGGCAUUCAUCCCUCAGAGAACAAGAUCUACUUCGGGCAGCUCCUGGGCAUGUGUGACCAAAUCACCUUCCCUCUUGGUCAAGCUGGCUUCCCCGUGUACAAAUACGUUCCCUACGGCCCUGUGAAGGAAGUCCUGCCUUACCUGUCCAGGAGAGCCCAGGAGAAUCGGGGCUUCCUAGCCCGAGCUGAGGAAGAGCAGCGGCUGCUCUGGGUCGAGCUGAAGAGGCGCCUGCUCUCGGGGUCCCUUCUCGCUGCCCCGAGCCCCCCUUAGUUCUCCCCUGCUGCCUCAACCUAGGGCUGCUUGGACCAAGACCCCAGUCGGACAGAGUAGUGGCGCUUCCUCGCUGGCUAACCGGAUUGCUUAUCCCCUUGUGCCAGGGCGGCACAGCUUCUCGAGGCCUGGGUGCUUUGCCACCGAUGCCGUGAAUGUAGCGGCUGUGCCAGCACCGUGCACCUUCCUGGCACCUGCCCGCUGGCAUCCCCGACUCAACACCUUGGGACUCUUUGGGCUACCAAGUGACCUGGUCCAAAAUCGCCUUCUCCCCAUGCCGCUUGCCACCUGUUUUCCACCUGUCCUUGUCCGGGAUGAAGAGGGCCGCACCAAUAAAAUUCUUUGCAGAAACUGAGUGAGAGCUGAGUGGCAGAAGGACCUUUUCCCAGGGCAGCCUGAACCGCCGGGUGGUUCUCGCCCUCCUUCUCCAGGGUCUGCAACUCUCACAAAACUACGGGCUAUUUAGCCACAGUUGAUUGGACAUACUAUAAUCAAGCAGUGGGUUUGCAAGGACUUAGAAAGGAAUAAACCAGAAGCUGCACCGGACAGAUCUUACUGUUUGCUUGACCACGUGACUAGAUUACUGGAUGAAGAGAAUGCUGUCGGUGUAACACACCUAGACUUCAUCGAGGCAUUUGAAUAAGUGGACUGCAGCCCCCUUGAUAAACUGGAAGAACGUGGGAUGGACGGACUUGCCCUUGGCUGAGCGACUGUAGCCAGCAGGUGGUCCUUAAUGGGCCCAUGUCUACAAGGAGGGAGAGGGCAGGGGGUACCUCAGGGUUCUGCCUGGGCUCAGGACUCUUCAGCAUCUUCGUAAAUGACCUAGAUCUCCUCCUAGAAUAGAGAUGCUCAUAAUGUUUGCAGAUGACACAAUGCUGGGGGGGGGGGGAUUGUUAACAAUGCCCCAGAAGACAGGCUCAGGAUUCAAGAGGUCUUGAUAGACCUGAACACUGGCCCUGUCCAACAAAAGGUAGUUCAGCCGUGAGACACGUAAGCUUCUGCAGUUAGGCAGGAAAAACCAGGUGCUCAGGUACAGGAGAGGUGCUACCUGGUUUAGCAGCAGCCCUUGCAAGAAGGACCUGGACAUCAGGAAGACCACGGACUUCGCAUGCGCCAGCAAUGUGCCGCAGCUGCCAGAAGAGCCAAUGCAGUUUUGGGCUGCAUCAACAGAGGUCCAGUGUCUGGCCAGGAAUACCGAAAGGAUGCUGAGGCGCCAGAAAGAGGGCAGAGAAGAGCAGCAAGGGUGGUGAGGGGCUUGGAGGCCAAAUCCUAGGAAGGACAGUUGAAAGAACUGGGUGGGUUUGGCCUAAGGAAGAGAAGGCCCGGGGGGACAUGAUAGCAGUCUUCCAGUACUUCAGGGGAUGUGGAUUUAUUCUCUGGUGCUCGGGUAGGACAAGAAACAAGGAGUGGAAACUUUACAGAGAGGUAUCCAAACUCGAGGAAUUUCCUGGCUGUGGGAAUUAUUAAACAGUGAAAGAGUUUGCUCCUGGAGUCAUGGGGGCUCCGUCAUAGGAGGUUUUCAAAGAAAGGCCCUUUGUCUGAGAUGGUCUUAAGAUUCCUGCCCUGGGCAGAGAGCUGGACUAGAAGACCUCCCAGCUCCCUUCCCACCACUCUUCUGCCGUUGUUGGCUGGGGCAAACAGGCUGAGGAAAGUUGGGCUACUUCUGCUUUGCGCAGCAAGUGCCUGGCUUCCUUUCCUGUGAGGAGAGGGCUGGUUGGGUUGCAGGGUAGAGAACAUCACUGGAGUUAGCAGGGCUGUCAAAUAAAAAGCUUUUU